AUGGAUUAAAAUAAUUAUUAAUAUUAAAACAAUUAAAAUGUGUAGCAUAAUACAGCUAAUUUAUGUUAGUCUAACAAUUACAACCAAGUCAUAUCAAAUUAGCAAGUUCAGUAAUCUGAGUUGCAAGCGCUUUAAAACUCUUAAGCCUUCAAAUAGUUACAAAAGCAAAUAUAAAAGAUGAGAAAGUAUUACCUUUCUAUUGGGUAUACUUAAAAGCAAGUUACUGAUAUGCUUCAUGAUAUCUUGCUUAGGAAAUAAAAUUAAGAAAUAGAUUGGAAAAAGCUCUCUAAUACUAGCGACUAUUAUACAGUAUUAGAAAGAUAUAAUAGUACGUCUUAAAUUGCAGAGUCAGCUCUUAAAUUUAAAAAGGAAAUCAAUUAAAUGAAAAGUCAACACAAAAACAAUAUUAUUCCUUCUUAAUAAAAAAGUGAAUUUGUUUAAGAAUAAUAACUUCAAAUAAAUGCUUAACUAAAAAAUAAUAAUAAUGAUGCUAUCAAUACACAAAAUUCAUCUAAAAUCAACAAUUCCCUUUUUACUAAUUCUAAGCCAAACAUUUUCAAUAAUUAAUCUCAAGAAUCUCAAAAUUUUUAAAGCUAAUAAAACAAUAAUUUUAAUAACAAUAACCAUAAUUAAAUUUAAAGCACAAUUUCAAAGCAAAAUGACAUUUAAUAGCAAAAAGAAAAAUGUAAAGGAUUAAAUGUUAACGAGAUAAGUGAUCGCUUCCUCUAUAGACUAGAUAGAAACUGUUAAAUUGAAAAAUCUUCAAGUAGCUCCGAAAGCAGUGAUCAGGAUAGCUACCAUUAUAAAAUAAGUAGUGGAUUUAUUUAAAGCGAACAUGAUUUAGAAUACAGUACAAUUAAAAAGUAAGCUUCUUAGAAUUAGCAAAUAAAAGAUGAAAAUAUGAACAACAGACAAGAAGAAAAUUCAGUUAGCAUGCAAAUGUAAGAGAGUAAAAACUAAAAAAAUAGGUAAAAGUCGACUUUCUCAGAAAAUUUAAGAUUAAAUUUCCCAGAAAUUUCUUCUGAGCUUUAUGGUAAGAACUCAAUUUAAAAUGUAGCUAAGGAAGAAACGGUUGAAUAAAGUGGCUAAUAUCAUAAUAUGGAGUUAGAUUAUAUUCAUAAUGACUACAGUAUUAAUGAAGAGAGUUACAAUUCCUACAAUAAUGAAUCUUAAAUUCCUCUCCAGUAAAAAAAGAAGAAAAUAAGAAAGCAAAAGGGAUUUUUUUAGGAAUAAAUUCCAAGUAUUUUAGAGUAGAAUGAAAUCUUGAUUGAAAAAUAGAAAAAAAAAGUUUGCCGAAAUACUCAAUACAGAGAUGAUAUAUCAGUCAUUGUGCACAAUUUUGCAGGAAAAAAAAGAAAUCAUAAAUUUAUGAACCAAUUUUAAGUUCAAGAAAGUAAUGAAUAUCAAGACAUUUCUGAAUUAGAUGAAUUGCAAUUACUUGAAAAGAAAUUUAGGUAUUUCACAGAAGAUCUCAUAGAUGAAGAUUAAAAUUCUUAGUAAUGA